UAUGAAUUGGCAGUCAGACCUAAAGCUGGAACAAGAGCCACUUUGAGAUCAGGAUAGUGUACAGAUCAGACGCACUUACGAAGGCUACGACUUUUACUCUAUCGGUCCUGGUGAUCACUUCAAGCUAGAAGGGAGACGACGUCCAAAGUUAGGACACCAUGUCUCCAGAGCAAGUCGUCCACCACCCCCACUCGACCUCGUCCAAGACGGGCACCUUCUACUUCGCCUACGGGUCCAACCUCUCGGCGUACCAAAUGUCGCUUCGGCUGCAGCACUCGCCCGCCUCGAGCGAACCCGUUGGAAUCGCACGUCUGGACUCGCACGCCUGGAUAAUCUGUGAACGCGGGUACGCCAACGUGGUUGCCCUUCCCGAGUCCAACGCCGCCUCGGACCACAACACUGUAUGGGGUGUACUGUACAACAUGCACCCUGUGGACGAGGCCCGGCUGGACAUGUACGAGGGCCACAACGAGGCGAGGAACCCGAUACCGGAAAUCAACCCGGAUCCGGAGACGCAGAUAAUCAAGCGGCACCUUCAGGGGGGUUGGGAUUAUAACAAGCAUUACCUGCCCAUCACGGUAACGAAGUGGUUGAGGGAUCCAACCGAGUACGGCAUCAGCGUGUCCAACUCAUUUCUGUCCUCUUCUCACAUGGUUAACGGCACCGCCCAUGAGCAUACAUUAGCAUCGCACCCACCCACAACGAUCCGAGCGCUAGUGUACGUCGACGAGUUCCGCACCACCCCCGGCAAAAUCGUGCAGGAGUACAUCGGGCGGAUGAACAGGGGAAUCGACGAGUCGGUGCAGCUCGGUGUCCCGCACGGCUGGGUGAACAAUAUCAUGAGGACAUUCAUCCCGGAGGGAAUCUAUGUCGAUGAGGAAGGCUACGUUGGCACAGACGAGGGUUAUGUCGAGGCAGAGGCGACAGAGGCGGACGACCAUCUGAAGGAGAAUAUGCUCAAGAACAUGAAUUGA